AUGGAGACUCAUGUCCCCAUGAGGGUGUGGGAUAUGGGGGUGCCCGCGGGGUGGGGUCCCCCCAGCGGGUCAGAGCAGGAUGUGGGGGUUCCCCGUGACCUGAGGAGCCCCCCCCCCGUGCCCAGGUGGUGCCGGCGGGAGGUGGACGAGGAGCACCGGGAGACGGUGGAGCAUCGCGGGGAGGUGCGGGUGCUGCAGCAGCGCUCGCCCUGGGGGGUGCUGCGGGUGGGCUGCCUGGGGCACCCCCUGGCCCAGCACCUCCUGCCCUACGCCCGCACCCUGCCCCUGCCCCUCUUCGCCCCCCCGGAUCUCCGCGGCGCCAAGGCGGGGGUCCCCCGCACCCUCUCCCGCUCCCUCUCCCACGAAGCCCAGAGGGGCUGAGGGUGACGGUGGGGCUGG